AUGCAGGUGGGCCUGCGCGUCGACUGCCUGCGGCCCCGCAUGCGCGGCUGCACCGCCGUCGCUGCCGCGGCGUCGCGGCUGUGGUGCGGCCCGCUCCGCACCGCGCGGCGGCGGCAGGCCAGCGAUCAGUUUCACCGCUACCUGCACAACCCGCACAUCGUGCAGCCCGACGGCGUCGACGCGCUGCCCCGCACCAAGGGCGACCAGCAGCAGUGGCUGAACACGGAGCAGUGGGACGGGUACAGCGCGGCGUAUCUGCGGCGGCACAUGCAGUACCCGCCAACCAACGAGCAGCCCAACGCGCAGCUCAACUCAAGCCACGCCCUGCUGUACGCGUGCCUGAAGACCUGCUACGAGUGCUACGGCCCCCUCGCCGACGAGCUGCAGCGACUCCACGAGGACCCGCUCCACCCGCGCUUUCACGAGAAGAUUGCCCACGUGAAGAAGGAGCGGGAGAAGAUUGCCGCCGAGUUGGACCGCGUCUACGCCGACCUGCAUCCCACAGUGAAGACGGUCUACGACGCCUACUUGGUCCGCCGCUUUUACCACCUGGCCGACUGGAUCACGCACGUCGAGCAGAAGCGGCACAACCUCCUCUGCCGCCUGUCACCAGAGUACAUACAACAAGCCAAGCGGGCGCGGGGGGUGGCGGAAGACUUUAUACGCCGCCUCCAGCAGCUUGAGGCGGCCUUCACGCACAACCCCACGCUGGGCCUGCUGGAGGGGGAGGAGGGCAAGCAGUACACGCACGACGAGCUGGUGAUGCUCCGGCAGAAGGCGGCGUACUUCCGCAACAUGCGGCAACUCGGCGUCAACCAACAGGACGCCGAUGUCCACACGCACUAG